GGGGCAGGGCUGUCAUUGGCUGAAAGUUUCUAAGGUGAAAUAGAAGAGGAGAGUAUUUAUUACAGAGACACGGAGAGAGAGUUGGAGAGCUGAGCUUGAAAUUGCCUAGGUGAAAUUGGGAGCCUUAAACUUUCCAAAACCAAGGAACUUUUUUUUUCUUCUGAGAGGCAGAGAGAAAGAGGGGACAGAGAGGGGGCUAAUAAGACUAACUCCAAACUUUCCCAGCCCCUUUUGACUAUCCUCAGAGCUGGGUCCAUGCACGUCUCUGAGAGCAGAUCGCUGCAGCAGCAACUUUGCAGUGGGCUGUGAACAAACUUUUUUUUUCCUCCUGCAAGCUGCUGUUCACCACGCAAAACUUUCUUGUUUCUUUUGCAAAGUUUUUGCUGCCUUCCUUCUCUCCCCCACCCCCAACUCCCUCCUCCAUCUCUUCCUUGCUUCCUCCACCACAAACCCAGCUGGUUUUAAAGCGGCUUUGCCACUUUCUUGUUAUUUUUUUAAUCCCUCCCUCCCCCCCUCCUUGCCCCUCACCCCUUGAUUUUCAUCCCACUGUUUUUCCCCUCUGCCGCUUUCUCGCAUGAAUCUCCUAGACCCCUUCAUGAAAAUGACAGACGAGCAGGACAAAUGCAUCUCUGGCGCCCCUAGCCCCACCAUGUCGGACGACUCCGCGGGGUCCCCCUGCCCUUCUGGUUCCGGAUCGGACACGGAGAACACCAGACCCCAAGAAAACACGUUCCCCAAGGGCGAUCCGGAUCUGAAGAAGGAGAGCGACGAGGACAAAUUCCCGGUGUGCAUCCGAGAGGCGGUCAGCCAAGUCCUGAAGGGUUACGACUGGACCCUGGUCCCCAUGCCGGUCCGUGUGAACGGAUCCAGCAAAAACAAGCCCCACGUGAAAAGACCCAUGAACGCCUUCAUGGUGUGGGCGCAGGCGGCCCGGAGGAAGCUGGCGGACCAGUACCCGCAUCUGCACAACGCCGAGCUCAGCAAAACGCUGGGCAAACUCUGGAGGUUGCUGAAUGAGAGCGAGAAGCGCCCUUUCGUGGAGGAGGCCGAGAGGCUGCGGGUGCAGCACAAGAAGGACCAUCCCGACUACAAGUACCAGCCCCGGAGGAGAAAGUCAGUGAAGAACGGGCAGUCGGAGCAGGAGGAGGGCUCCGAGCAAACACACAUCUCCCCCAAUGCCAUUUUCAAGGCCCUGCAGGCGGAUUCUCCUCAGUCUUCCUCCAGCAUGAGCGAGGUUCACUCUCCCGGGGAGCACUCUGGGCAGUCCCAGGGGCCCCCGACCCCUCCUACUACACCCAAAACAGAUGUCCAGCCUGGGAAGCAAGACCUGAAGCGAGAAGGGCGCCCUUUGCAGGAAGGAGGAAGGCAGCCGCCCCACAUUGACUUCCGGGAUGUGGACAUUGGGGAACUCAGCAGCGACGUCAUCUCCAACAUAGAGACCUUUGAUGUCAAUGAGUUUGACCAGUACCUCCCACCCAACGGUCACCCUGGAGUCCCAGCCACUCACGGGCAACCCGGCCAAGUCACCUACAGCGGCAGCUAUGGAAUCAGUAGCACGUCAGCCACUCAAGCUGGAGCCGGGCAUGUUUGGAUGGCCAAGCAACAGCCGCAGCCACAGCAGCCGCCGCCGCCCCAGGCCCAGCCCCAGCCGCAGCACACGAUGACCACCCUGAGCAGCGAACAGGGCCAGGCCCAGCAGAGGACACACAUCAAGACGGAGCAGCUCAGCCCUAGCCAUUACAGCGAGCAGCAGCAGCACUCCCCUCAGCAGCUCAAUUAUAGCUCCUUCAACCUCCAGCACUACAGCUCCUCCUACCCGACCAUCACCCGCUCGCAGUACGACUACACAGACCACCAGAGUUCCAACUCCUACUACAGCCAUGCGGCCAGCCAGAGCACCAGCCUCUAUUCCACCUUCACGUACAUGAACCCCACCCAAAGGCCCAUGUACACGCCCAUUGCAGACACUACCGGAGUCCCUUCCAUUCCCCAGACCCACAGCCCACAGCACUGGGAACAGCCUGUCUACACACAGCUUACCAGGCCAUAAGGGCGACAACCACAACAAAAACAAGAGAGAAAAAAGAACUGUCUCCAACUUUUUUUUAAGACACUAACGCUAAAGAUGAUGAAAAAAGAGAACACAUCGGGCCUUCUGCACUACAGCACCCUUCAGGAAGUGGCCAGACCACUCUGCUGAGAACCAGCAAAACUCGCUACAGACAUUCCAAGGACUGGACUUUAACCUUGAUUCAGGGGCGAGAGAUGAGCUGUCUCACCGGCCAACUCGUCUGCCUGUGUUCGGACUUUCGUAAUUAUUUUUAGCAGUAAUUAAAAGAAGAAGAAAAAAAGGAAAAAAAAAUACUCAGAGUCCUCUGUGAGGAAUAUUCUCUAUUUUAAAUAUUUUUAGUAUGUACUGUGUAUGAUUCGUUACCAAUUUGAGGGGAUUUAUAUAUAUUUUUAGAGAUUUUUUUUUAAAUGCUCUUAUUUUUCCAACAGCUAAAACAACACUUAGUGGAGCAGUCCUAGCUUUUCUUGCAGUCAGAGGUAUUUUUGUAUAGAUAAAAGUAAUUUCUUUAAAGAAAAAUAAAAUAAAACGGUGUGCAUUAAUUAGGAAGAAAAACUGUUAAACAGUGAUUGGCAUCAGGCUAAGCUUUGGUCAGCUGUGCAGCCUAGGAGACGCAAGGGGUUAAAAACAAAAUAGGCUUUAUUUUUCUAACUUGGAAGUAGAGAGAGAGCCAGGAGGAGAAUGUGUUAGUAUUAUUUUUUUAAAGACCUUGAGCCUUAAAGCAGCGCUGUUGAAAAGCCUUAAAAGCAACCCUGUAAUAUUUUUUUUUCCUCGAGAUUCUUAUACGACUGCCUUCCAGUGCAAGGAGAAAGACAGAGCCCAGAAGGGAGGCAGAUCUGAUUUCUGGGAAAACUUAUGUCUGAUUCUUUUACCAACAAUUAGCAGCAGAUUAUGAUGCCACAACCAGCAUCACCCUCCUCAGCUUCCUGCUUUGGACACCAUGUGCAGGACAGAUGCUGGAAGCCUCCCAUCACCUCCCCAGCCCUUUAAAGAGCCUUGAGUGCAAACAUUUAGGGCCUGAUCCCAAGCCCAUUAAAGACCCCUAUUGGCUUCAGUGGGCUUUGGCUGAAACCCGUAGGGCACAUUGGAAACAUCAGACACAUUUUAAAUUAUUUAUUUUGUGAGAAAAGCCAAUUUAAUCAAGAUUUCCUUUUUAAAAUCUCCCUUCCAAUUUUUUAACUCCUUUAAAAGCGAUUAGAUUUGUUGGAGUCUUAUUUGGAGGGUACGAUGCCUCUUAAAUUAUGAUCUAAACUGUAACCAGUUCGUUAUUUAUCUCUAAUUCCUUUUUAUUAUUAUUAUUAUUGUUGUUAUUCUUUGGAAUCUGUGUCCUAGGUUUGUACAAACAUGGCCUCUUCCUUUUUUUCUUUUGUUUGAAGGAUAAACUGGAAUUUUGUUUUGUACAAACUAGAGAUUGCAAAUGUAGUGUAUCACUGAAUCAUUUGCCUUGUUUUCUGCCUCAGCUCUUUUGGACACACAAACGUGUGUGUGUGUGUGUGAGACACAAGACACUAUUGACAAAAGCAGGUGUGUCCUCCUGCUAACCUUCCACCCCUUGAUAUUGUUUUGAGGUGGGGACUUUGGUGAAGCUGUGGCUGAACAGUUAAGAAUUGCUUUUUAAAAAAGACAGCAAACUUUUUUUAUUUAAAAAAAUGAUAUAUUUGUUAACAGUUGUGGGAGGUUUUUUUUGUUUUGGGGGUAUUUUUUUUUUAGGGAUUCAGUAGAAAAAAAAAUCUUAAAGCACUCAUAAUAUGGCCUCUUUCUAUUUCUGUAUAAAAGCAGAUCUUUUUAAAGUAUUUCUGUAACUUAAAAGACCUGUCAUUUAAAUCAUAUUGUGUCUUUAGGUAAGUUUGUUUUAUUUUGUUUUGUUUGC